CAGCCUCUGAGCUGGCGUUUAUCCCAGGACACACAGCAUAAGCUGUUGUCUGCUCUUUCAUUUGUAACAGGGAGGGGAGUGGGGGCUUAGCUUGUGUGUUUGAGACAGGCGGUCUGAUCUACGACGGACCAUAGUUUAUUCCCGAAAGCAUCUUUUUAUCUCUAUUUUUGGUAUUUACCGGAUAUCUGGCAUUUCAGGAAUCAAAGAUGUUGUGUUCAUCGCAAAUUAGAAGAAGAUGGAGGCUGACAGGAGAGCUGCAAGGGAUUUGACAAGAGCAGUUUCCUUUCCUUUUACUGAACAAGAACUGGUUUCUGAGGAAUGGCCCUCUCAGUGACCAUUCAUUCAACUCUGUUGAAAGCAUUGCUGGUCCUUUUAUGUCUGCGCGCAGUUGCAGGCAUGUCUGGCUGGUCUGAAUGUUUAGAGGGUCGGAAUGUAUUUGUAAAAAUUAAAGAAAACAGUCCCUCUGGAGAUAUUGUCGCUGCAUUUGUGAUGGAAACCGGCAUGGAAGGAGUUUGGUGGAGUCUGUCUGGGAAGGAUGCUCACUGGUUCUACUUAGACGGAAGAAACAUCCGGCUGAACACGUCAGAGGAAAAGAUCCUUGACCGAGAGAAACUUGGUCCAAUCUUAAUGGCAGAGCUAUCAUGUUACGAGCGAGACAUGUCUCAGACUUUUUACAAAAUCACGGUGGAGAUUCUCAAUGAGAAUGAUAAUUUACCCAUGUUUUCAGAAGAAAGUGCCCGGUCAAUUACUUUGAGUGAGCUGACUCCAGUGAAUACUGUGGCUUUUACCGUCCAAGCUUUGGACGCUGAUAAUGAUAAAAUCAUUUAUUCAAUUGACCAGACAUCUCCUGACGCCAAGUACUUCAGGAUUGAUCUGCCAAACAGCGGUGAAGUGAUCCUUUCCAAACCUUUGGACUAUGAGACCCAAUCUCAACUCACCGUCACUAUCCAUGCAUCUGAAAUGAACACUGCUGAGCACUACAACAUUAGCACUAACGUCAGCAUUACGGUCCAAGAUGGAGAUGACCAGUACCCACAGUUUCAACCCUGUGUCCUGCUGUUCCAUGACGAGAACAGUCGAAUUUGUACCAGCCCCGUCUACAUGGUCAAUGUCACUGAGGGAGAGGAGGACAUUCUGCUGGACUUUUCUCCGGGUCCAAUUCAUGCAGUGGAUGGAGACAGAGCCCUCAGUUCUUCCAUCAGCUAUGCCAUUAUCUCAGAAGAUGAAGAGGGGCAUUUCAGUAUCAACAGAGAGAAUGGUGAGUUAAGACUGACCAAGGGUGUGAAAGACAGACUCGUAACUCCAGUGCUGCGACUUCAGGUCAUGGCAUACCAGAACGACGACCCCAGGAAGUACUCAGUUGCGACAGUGUUGGUCCGGGUUCUGGCAGAGAACUGGUUUCAUCCAGAGUUUGAGCUGCCUGAAUAUCACGGCUUCGUAACAGCUGGAAAGAAUGCAGCCUCUCUGGUCAAUACAUACGGAAGCAGAGCUCUGAUUUUAAAAGUCCUGGAUCCAGAUUUUGAUCAUGCUUUUAAUCCAAUGAUCCACUUUAUGUUUGCUGCAACAUCCAACCACACCGACAUCUAUCAAGUCACACGUGGAGGACUCAUAAUAGCAAGGACCAGUCAUCUCAAGCAAAAGCAGAAGCACAUCCUGGAGAUUACAGCUGUAGACCAGGAAUCUGGCGAUGCUGCUUAUGCUACUGUCACGGUGGAAGUGUUACCUGAAGGACAAUCAAUCCCUCACAGUCCUCCGAGAAAUGAACGCCUGACAGGCUGCACUGUGGGCAAAGCACUUUUCCUCAGCAUGCUGUUCAUGGGAGCCCUGGGAUGUAUCUUGUCUUUGUUGAAGUGGCUGAAGAGGAAAUAUAAAGGAAUGAAAGACCCACUGGAGAGAGGCUGUGUGGCCCAGUGCAAACACCCCAAUGUGAGUUUACAUUGGUUCCAACUGGUAAAUCAUCAUACUGCUAUGCCUAACAUGGAGGAACUUUCCUUUCAAAAUGAGGAAUAUGGAACCUGCAAUCCUUCCUUUAGCCUUCCAGACACACCAGUCAUUAACACCACUAAGGACAUUGCUGUCAGCACAGGGCCCUCUUCACCCAGACCAGCUUCUCUUACAGAGACCAUCAUCCCUCUUCCCACCGAAAGUGUGCAAAGCCCAGUGAUACUAAACAAUAGUCUUACUUCACCAAGCAAAAUUUCCUGCUGCUCACCUGAAUGUCCCCCAGAGAUGAAGAACCUCAGCCCUAAGCAUGAGGUAGAUGCUGACAGGCAAGCUAAGGAAAAUGCCAGCCUACCAUGUGAUGUUACCUCGGACCCUUCUGAAGAGAAGUCUCACACAGAUUUGGAACCAGUUACCAAUGACGACAUCAAGCCCCCUCCUUUAAAUGAACAAGAUUUGCAAACAACCUCCUCCGACAACUUUGCAGAAUCAGUCCCAAGCCCAUCUUCUCCAUCUAGGAGCGAAACGGCUUCCACAGAAACGAACAAGCCAUUACCAGAAACCAAUGCGGAGACAGCCUCACAGUUACCAUCACCAUCCCUUCUGCUCCUCAGAAAAACAGGAACACCUCCUCUCACUCUAGAGCAUGAUCCUUUAAAAGCUACUUUGGUGCAUAUAGAUACUUCCCCUACUAACACUCCUCCUGAGUCCCCAGUGGGAACAGAGCAAGCCCUGGAUAUUGAGGUAGACCAACCGUCCACCUCCCCAUGUCAUGUUGAAGCAUCAGAGUCAGAAGGAGUCGUAGUAAACUCUGAAAGCCCAUCGCCAGAGAGGAGACCCUCAACAAACUCAGGAAAUACCCUUAACAGUCAUGAAGAGGAUGAUGAGGAGGGUUUUCUUGGUGAUGAUGACGUGGACAAAAACAGUGAAGAGGCCGAGAGUGAAGAUGGAGCAAGUAAAAGGAAUCUGGAUGGCUAAGACCUGAAAAUACAUCAAGCAAGAUUGAAAACACUGGACUGGUACAGCUGAAGCAUGGUGAAGGAUCCAUACAUGCAAGGCCACAGUACACUAAGAAAAGACUUUAAACAACACACAAUGAACCUGAGAGUACGCACAAUGCUGACGCUACAUACUACAGAUGUUUUACAAAAACCAAUGAAAUUCUAAUGCAUUUUCACAGCAGCUAUCUAAACAGACACACAAUUUGUUUUUUGUUGUCAUUUAAUAAUCUGUCUCCAUGUUGGCUGUUUCUUUAGGUCAUGUUUACAUAUUUAAUAUGGAGAAGUUAUGAGAAGCUUUACAUGUACAAUUAGUGUUGCGAUUAGUUAACCCACCCUGAUUUAAUUUGUAGCCUUGGUCCCAUUAUUUUCAGUCCUUUCCUUGGUUACCAUCAUUUCUGUCCAGGCCUGUUUUGUUAGUUAAUUUUUUAUUUUUUUUUAUCAUUCUGUAAAGGCAUGACUACAAAGCAAUGUCUAUCUUUUAAGUGUUAAUGUUCAUAGAUUGUUUUCAUUUAUUAUUACUUUUGUCAGAGUCAAGUUAUUAGUGGAACCAACAAUUGUGUCCAGAUGUGUAUAACGGAAUAACAGCCCAUAUUGUUAAUUUGUUAAGAUACACUGUAAAACAGCCAAUAAUAUGGCUUCUAGAUGAGGUAAAACUGGCUGGCUGAGGUUCAAGGGAGGAAGGAGGAGGAUUUAAGUGACUAAAUCUGGCCUGAUUGAUGGCAUCAACAGAUGGGUUGGCCUGAGUAUUUUAAAAGUUUAUGAUCCAUUCAGUUGCCAGUCCUCUGUUGGGGUUGCCCGGGUGGUGACAAAGGUUAGAGGACACUAAGCCGGCUGGUUUGAGAUCAUAAGGCAACAGUAACCAGACCUGAACAGAAUACCAGCUCUGAACACACAGUGCGUUCUAUUUGACACCAGAUGGCCUACAGCAGCAGGACGCCACUCCUGUUAACUAAGACGAGGAGUCUGAGAUUUUCCAACAGGCUCUAUGGUCUGACAACAGAUUUGAAAAAUGCUACUUUGUCUAAGAACAGGGUAAGAAUUUGGUUUAAAAAUAUGCAUUUGAGUUGAGCCAUCCUGAAGUCAGUUAACGUUUCAUAUCAUAGCCACAUUAAUCCAUCUAGUAAUGGCCUCUUCUAAUAGAGAGGGGUUUGUAAAAGAUGAUAAUGAGCUCCCUGCACAAUAACCUCCCCAGCCAGACAGUCUUUUAAACAGAACAACUUUGAGAUGUGGUGGAAACAGAUUUGCAUCAUGGCUGUGCAGCUAAGAUCUCAAUAUGAACAAAAACUCUAAAUGAAUGUUUGCAAAAUAUUUCUAAAUCAAUGCAAUGAAGAGUUCUGCAACCAAAUUUUUUUGUGGGAGGGGCAGGAUGGGGGCCAACCCUGUUUGAGCAGAUUAUACCUACUGUAUAUAUGUACAAGCCUUACUAUUUCAGAGCGAUGUUUAUUCAGUGAAACUUUCCUUGCAUUUGGUAUAAAUAAAACAAAGCUAUGAAUGUUUUAGCUCAAGGUAAACCAGUUAAUGACAAUUUGCAUACAGUAAGUAGAACAUAAUAGUGUUAUGACUUUUUUCAACCUUUUUUGGUUGAAGUUUUUUUUAUAUUCACUCGUUAUAAUGAAAGUUGGUAAUGUCAGUAAAUCGGUAAGACUAAUUGGUAAAAUAUUACACUCAAUGUUUAAUAUGAAUUAAAAGGGUUAUCUGAAUCUAUUAUCUUCUAACAUGAAAAAGCUUUUUACAGAAUACUAUAGAACAGUCAAUUUAUUUCUAGAUUUUUAUUUUUUCAACAGGCAUGGUUAAAAAAAGAAAAAAAAAAGUAAUUUUUUUAAGACAUAUAAAACACCAGUGAACUUAAUUUUAUAUUUUUUAUUGAGACUUUGUUCUCAGUCGAAAAAACUUGACCUGAUUGUUAGAGUGCUCCGCUUGCAGGACACUGACUUCAUUCACAAGUCAACGGCCCAUUGCUGCAGUGAGCCAGUAAAAAACAAAACAAAUACCUGAACAUCACAGAACUUAGGCAGACUUAGAAGUUAUCACCAGUGGUUAUAAAUGUUGAUAGUGACGAUACAUAACAAAUGUGUGAGAGGAGAAAACUUUAAGGGAGCAGUCAUUUUUAAGAGCUGCUUAAUGAAUUUUGCUUGGCACGCAAGUGAGUUAGUAUAUGAGCUAAACCAAAUAAUACUCUAACAUAAAAAAUACAGUAAAAUCAGUCUUCAGAACAGAAGUAACAUAUGUACACACAAUCACAUGCACGCACAAUAAAUGAUUAUGAAAAAAAGAACAGAGGGGAAGCAGCUUUUAUGAUUCAACCAAGUGUCUCUUAAGGCUAGCAUUAGAUUGGAUCAGCCAGGUGGACAUCCUGUUGUUCUUUAGGUUCUGAGGUAAGAUGGCAGAGGUGAUCCAAUCUAGAACCAACUGUGCCUCAAACUUAGUUUGAAUCCUUCAUCUUUUGCAAAAGCCUCAAAUCUAUGUUUAGAACAUAGAGUUUGUGACAUUAUGGAGCAGAAAGAAAAAGUUGCAAAGUGUCACUAAAACGUUUUAUUGCACUGAA